UAAUUAUCAAUAAGAUUAAACGGGUUAGUAGACUUAAAAGUAACAUAAAAAUACAAAUAAUCAAAUAUGAGCAUUCCGGCCAAAGGGCCGGGUUAUAAACUAGUAAUUAAAAAGGAACCCUUAUAUUUUCCGUUUGAAUCUCUCCCCGUAGUUCAUUCCUUUCCACUUCCAUAUCCUGACCCCCGACAAAACCCAGCCCAACGUCCACCACCAAACGAUUAAUCACAACCUUCAGUCGUCGGUGUCGACCCAAUCAUCGUCGUCGCCUCAUCACCUGUUGUUCGUUGUGCCUUAUCUCUUGGCGACGUGAUUCCGUUAACUUCCGUCGAAAUGUAAGCGUCGAAAAGUCGAGUCUUUCCCAAGUCCUUUUUGUUUUUGUGAUUGAAUAUUCUCCCUUUUAUAGUAGUUGAAUCGAGGAAUUUGCUUGGGAGGACCAUAAGGGACCAUUAAAGAAAUCGUCACGAUUCUGCCCCUGAACUAAGAGGUUAAAAAAUGAGAAUAUUGGAUUAAAUCGUCAUUGUAUAGCUAUGUUCUUUCUUACGACAAGCAACUCAUGUGAAUGACUAUUAAUUUGUCACUUGCCAUUGUAGAUGACUGAGUUUCUGGAUGUUCAAUACCAUCAUGGUGGAGUGAUGGACUUCUCUCAGAUUUGGAACCAAGAUAUGUUGGUGGGUUUUCUGUGAACAUAUCAGUGGAUGUUGAUGAAAUGUCAUAAUUUGAACUGUUGAACGUGGCUACAGUCCAGUUGAAGUAUGUAGGUGUACGGAAGAUAUGGUACUUGAAAUCGGGAGCAACAAUGACAGAUGGUCUACGUGAAAUACGUUUUGAUAAGGAUGUGGAAGGGUUGAUUGUCGAUGCAACCGAAACUAAAGAAGUUUCCGUAUUUGUAGAUACUAUUGAGUAGGAUGAUCAUAGGCGGAGUCAACCCUUUGGGCAUUGUAUCGUGACAGGGGUAAAUUCUGGGAGUACCAAAAAUACUCCAUAUAUGUUUAUACUAAGGAUGGAAUACAAUACCCAGUACAACGUAUUUUGUCACUAUAUCACAGCUCAUUACUUAUAAUAAAAUCGACAUUAAAUUAAUUUAUUAUACUAUAAAUGAAAUUUCAAUGGAAUAGAUCCCUAUUCUAUUAUUUGACCAACAAUCUUGAAGCAGUCCAGUGGCAGCGCCGAUUCCACUAGUUUUGACAGCAAGUGUAGAUAAAAUAUUUUCAACUUUGAGCUAUAUCAAGAACGAACUUUAAAGUUGAAUUCACGAGCAGUUUGCUAAUGGUUGCUUAGUGAGAUCCAUUGGAAAUGACUUACUUAAGAGUGUAGGCAAUAAAUGUAUUUUGUGUUUCUUUCAAAAUAUGAAAACUCGUCAUGGUUGUUUAUGAAGAUACCCAUUGUAUUUGUCGUUAUUUUUUAUAUGAAAAUAAAAUAUUUAGAUAUUAUUAAUUCAACUAUAUUUAUUAAAUAUCUAUAUAUUUAUAAUACGAAAAGAGGACGAGGUUAGUUUCAAAUCCUGCCUCCGCCACUAAGGAUGAUGGACUUAUGGGAGAUAAUGAGGAGCUGGACGUGUUUCAACUUUCAAGGUUUACCGGAGGGUGUUAAAUACAUAUAUGAGAGCUCUGUUGCAAGGAAAAUCAUCAAUGUGUCUGCCCCUGGUGAUUCCCUCGUGUCAACUGAGAACAAUUUAGCAUCUUGUCCCACAUCAUAUGAUUGCUCUGGGGAAGAAGUUGACCAGUCUCGUGUAUCUGAAGAUGGGGAGGAGGAGCCUUCAAAAGAUUACUUGGAGAUGGAACAAGAAACAUCUUAUUCUUCAGACAGAAUAUCUACACCAGGCAAUCAAAGUGUGUCGAAUGUUUUCAAUGAGGAGCCCGAGGAACGGUAUGCAAAUCUGCCAUUUUAUGAUCCUGAUUGUGAUCAUGAGGAGUUAUUUUUCAAGGUUGGGCUUAAAUUCCUCACGCUUGAGCAGUUCAGACUUGCUGUGUACAAAGCAUUUUGUUGAUAUUGGGGCAAACGUGGCAUGCACAAACAGCAACGAAGGUAGGCGGGAGUUUAAGUGUGAGACUCCACUUGUGAGUGGAGGGUACAUGUUGCUUGGUGUGUGGGGGGGGGGGGUGCAAGUUUCAUGGUUAGCCAGAUUGGGAAGCCUCGCACUUGUUCUAGAGCUAUUCGAGUUAACCUAGCUACUGCAACGUUUAUCGUACAACAUUUUAUUGAGUGGAUUCGAGUCAAUCCAAAAUGGUAAUCGAGCCUUAUUGCGGAGGUAAAGGAAGAAUCAGGUGUUGACGUUGAAGUUAGAACAUGCUACCAGACUAAGGUUAUUGCUAGGGAGAUGUUGAAUGGAACACUUGAGGAAGAGUAUCACAUGUUGAGACCGUAUAUGGCUGCUUUGAAGGCAUAAGAUUAUGUGGGACGUUUUGUUCUAGAUGUUGUUUUUGAUGUGGCUGCAGAUAGAGUGUAUUUCAAGAGGUUCUAUAGUGGGUUCUCUAUUCUGAAAAAGGUUUCCUCGCUGGUUGUAGGCAUAUUUUCUCAAUAGAUAGUUGUAUUCCAAAUGGUGAGAUAAAAGGUAUGCUACUCACGGCUUUGGCAAAGGAUGGGAAUAAUCACAUUCUCCCAUUUGCAUGGGUUGUUGUAGAGGUAGAGAACAAGGAUUCAUGGACUUGGUCCUUAGCAUAAUACAAGAAGAGUUACAGUUUGCAGAUGGGCGGGGAUGGAGUAUUAUUUCGGACCAACAAAAGAUAUUGUGACACUUUUGUGAUUUAUUACAAUCCCGGUUUAUUUUCCUAGUCGGUUUUUUGAAUCACGUUACUCUACUUUUUGUCGGGGAUGGUCGAAGCAAUUCAUGAUAUAAUGCUUAGCGCAUAACAUAAGAAGUGAUCUUGACAGGUGAAUGCAAAUUGGAAGGCAAAAAACAAGAAUGAUAGAAUGCAGAGCCUAUUCUAGAAGGCGGUAUACGCUUACAAUGAGGCAGAUUUUAAGGCUGUCACAGCUAAAAUGGAAAGUUAUGAACAAGAGCAGACCAAUGAGAAACCGUGCAAGGACUUCAUGGAUUAAGACCCAACCACCUUUUGUCGUACUUUUAUAUCCAUAGUCAUGAAGUCCAAUAGUGUUGAAAGCAACAUAGGUGAAAGUUGGAAUGGUGUGAUUGUGAAGCACAUAGAACAGAGGAUAAUAUAUAUGCUGGAAGGGAUAAGAGGCUACAUGAUGGUUCAGAUGAAGAAGAAGCAUAGAAAGUUUCAAAGAAACAGACGACUGAUAUUUCCUCUAGCUUUGACCAUCUUGGUUGAGGAGGAUGUGAAUGCAAGGAAGUGCCAUGCACGUGCUAGCACCAACAAUAUGAUUGAAGUGCGUAAUGGGAUAUCAUCAUAUGCUGUUGUUUUAUGUAGUUGUUCUUGUGGGGCUUCGGAACUGUCUGGAAUCCCUUGGUGCCAUGCUCAGUUGUCCAUUGGAUUGAUGAGACUCACUGUUAAUUAUUUUGUUCAUGAGUGCUACCUCGUGUCAACUGCUAGGAAGGUAAAUGCUUGUGAAAUGCCAUGUAUGGGCGGACCACAAACUUGACCUAGAGCUGAAGGCUUUCCAAUCUACCCGCUGAAGCAAAAUGCAAUGGCGGGGAGACCUAAGAAAAAAAGAAGAAAGGAAGUAGCUGAACUCGAGGUACGGAUACUAAAGAGUGGUAAGAGUG